AACCCGUAGCCACACACGCCUUUACUCAUCCGAGCUGCUCACACGUCGACCAUGGCCAGGACUUACGACAACUUGUUCAAAGUGUUGUUGCUCGGGGACGCCAACGUAGGCAAGACCGCGCUGCUGGUUAAGUUUGCGUCAGAGGCCCCCACGGACCAUGCCUUCAUCUCGACGAUCGGAGUAGACUUCAAGAUACGCAUUCUGCAGGUAUGUGGAAGGAAAGUGAAGCUUCAGAUGUGGGACACAGCAGGACAGGAAAAGUUCCACAAUGUCACCAGCGCUUUCUACAGAGGCGCGAGCGGAAUUCUGGUUGUGUACGAUGUCGCUAGCGAGAAAAGCUAUGAAAACAUCCAGAAAUGGUUGGCUGACGUUGGGAAAAAUUGUGCCGAUAAUACAGUAACGAUGAUACUUGGCAACAACUGCCAUUUGAAAGGUGACGAAAGACAGGUGUCAUGGGAGCGAGCGAAGGAGAUGGCUGACAAGGCAGGUGUCCAGUUCAUGGAAGUGUCAGCCAAGACGGGCCAAAACACUGAAGAAGCGUUGAAUAUUCUUUCCAAAUCUAUGUUAGCUAAGGAACCGAACAUCAUUGUAACCAGCAAAGAAACUUCCAGCGACACACGAGAAAAUCGAUGUUCCGUUCAGUAGAUAGUGAUUCUGCUGUUGACAAAGCCUGCUGUAUAAUAUCCUUAUUUGUAUCAUAUUGACAAGAUAAUCAGUACCGUAUUUUGGGAACUAGGCGAAACCUUGGUUUGGAAAAUCGUUAUCAUUUUUCAUUAUACAAAAGAAAUAAAAUAACUAUUUACCUGCUAGAGAAUCCUCUUCACGAGAAAAUGUUUAUAAAUGGAGUUCCCAUUAUAGUGGCUUAUGACUUAUCAUACUCUUAACCAGAGGUUUUACCCAUUAGUCUCUGUUAGUGUUACAUGUCACCAUAGAAAUUAAAAGAAAUGUUUGUCAUAUGUCUAAACAGUGUUUUUUGUUUUGUUUAACAUGUUUUGAAUAAUAAAUAUAUAUUUUUUUCAUUAAA